AUGGCAUUUAUAUAUUUAUCACAAUGUAUAUCUUUAAACUUAACUGAUUUACAAGAUAAUCCAAAUCGUUGGUGGCCAAAAGAAAAUAUAUCGGAUAUAGUUGAUAAAUAUAUAAAAGUAUAUCAACUGGAUUUAUUAAUAACAUUUGAUCGUGGUAGAAUAUCUGGUCAUCGAAAUCAUAAAUCAAUUGCAUUCCGUAUUGAAUAUUAUAUUGAAAAAUCUUCUAAAACACCAUUAAUAAAUGAAAUAUCAACAGCUUCAUUUAUAUUUGAAUUUUCUUCAAUAAUUGAUAUAUUUCGACCAAUAAUUAAAUUUUUACCUCGAUUAUUUCGAAGUUUAUUUUCAACAAAGUUUCCAUUUAUAUUUUCUUCACCAAAUGAUCAACGUAUUUUAUUUGUAAGUUCACCAUUUAGAUAUUUUAAAGGAUUAAAAGCUGUUCAUGUUCACCGUUCACAAAUGAUUUGGUAUAGACAUAUUUAUACAACAUUUAGUCGACAUAUGUUUAUUAAUGAUUUGGAUAAAUAUCAACAACUUCAUUAUUAUUAUCUGUUCUUUUUCUCUCCUGUUAAAUAUUCCUUUUCUUUUUGUUCUUUUUUACAAUCAAUUAUGGAAUAGAACAUCUUUCUCGCUUUAUUAUAAAAAAAGUUUUGUGUGUUUUUUAAAAUCGAAUCAAAAUUAGUUGUUUUAUUCUUGUGAAAUUUUAUUUUGAUGAAAUGUUGACUAAAUAAAUAUUGAGUUAAUAAUGUUGAUCAGAAAUUGUUUGGUGAUGAUGAUGAUCAUUGAGUUCGUCAGUAGGUUUUAAAAAAACCAUUCUCUCUCUCGAUCUAAUAUAAGGCUACUCUAUCGAAUUAAGAGAAAAUUAAGUAUCAAAAUCAUCGAAUAGAUUAAUUGACUAUUUUAAACUGUUUCAUUUGUAAGCUGUUUGCUCUAAAGAUUUUCUAGUUAGAAAAAAAAGAAGCAGUUUCUUCGAUGAGUCGAUAAAUAUAUACAACUCGUCAAAUGUUACCAGAGACAGUUGUUCAACGACUGAUGAAUAUAAAGCAGACAUAUUUUUAUGUUCUUAUUCUAGGAAUUAUCUUCCUAUGAGAUCAAUGCAUUACUGACAAAUGAAACAUUAUAGUUUUUUUUUUAUUACAUUUAUAUACAUAGAAAGAAAUAUUUAACUGAAAAGUGAAAUAUGGCACAAAUUUCAAUAAUACUCUACUUGAAAUUAUUCGAAAAAAAAAACGAGUGAAUGUCAAUAUAAGGUAAGUACAGAACGCCUCAAAAGUCUGGCCCCAUUUUUUUGUUUUGGGUCGUGUAUUAAAACUGCACCUAAUUAUUUUAAUCCAAUUAUAUGUUUGGAUAGAUCGAGUACUAUAUAUGUAUGUAAGGUGCACGUAAUGCAAAAGUCCAGCAGACAACAAAUCUAGCUAAGUUGUACAUCAAUCCAUAAAGUUUUUCACGCUGGUUCAAAAUAUAUAGUUUUUACGAUCUUAGACCUCACUGAGCCAAGAAAAUUACAAAAUACCAAAAAUUUCAGAGAAAGCAAAAAAUAGCUUUUUCACUAUAAAUUUUAAGAUUAAUGUAUCUUAGAUUAGACUUUUCCAAUAAAAGUUUUUAUUUAAAUCAAGCUUAUAAAACUGUGGUAUUUAGAUUAGUUUGAUGAAAUUUGAUCAAUCUCAUGACAUUUGGCUGGUUUAGCAAGACCCACAUUGGAUUUCACGGAUAGCCUCACUUUGUAAACCUAUCUCCUUUCUUACUAUAAGAGCUGAAACUAUUUUUUGUAUAGCAUUCGAACCAUCAGAUAGAUAAGAAAAAAAUUACAUUUGCUCUUAACGUGGCUCCUUAGCAUCGUUGAGAAAAUUCACUUUUCCCACCUGGAUAACCAAAUGGCUAAAAAUUGAGGGUGUACUUCGAAGUUUUUCCAGCAAACGCCUUACUUUUCGAUCGGUUGGGUACGAUAUUCGGAAUCAGCAUAAAUAACUGCGUCGAAUAACCUAUAUUCCGUCAAAGAAAUUCAACAUCCAAAUUUGAUCUAUACUCCCCCUCAAGGCAAAAUUGAGUGAAAAAAGCUGAGAAGGGUAUGAGUGCGGGUGUUAGUGUGAAGAAGACUUUGAUACUCACGCCCUCUGCUCGAACAUCUAAUGGAGCAUUAAUAAUGACGAUCGAUGCACUUGGACGUUUAUAUGCAACUUGAUUUACUUCAUAUAAAGCAGUUAUUCGAAAAAUAAACUUUAUUCUACUCAUGAAACUUCGGUUGCAUUAAUUAAUUGCACAGUUAGCACUUUUAAAAAUGAUAAUAAAAAGUGAAUUCAACUUGUUUUUCCUUUGUCUUCUAAUAGUAUAAUCUUCAAUUACAGCUCACUGGAUUAAAUGUAAUCAUUUAAAAUCGAUAUCAGUUUUGCUUUUAUAUGAGGGUUAUUUUUAAAAUGGAAACUUUGGAAUUUUUCAAAAUUAUCUCUGGCACCAGUAAUAGUACAUCUUACUUUUUCUUCAUUAUCAAAGAUUUGAUAUCGAGUUUCAACUAUUACUACGCAAAAUAUGUGUUGUUCUUUAUAAUCUAUUGUUGUUUAAUUACAAAUUCAACAUAACUUUUAUCUUCACAAGCAAUAUUACAUUUUUUUUCCUCAAUGAAUUUAGUAAUCAAUAAAAAUACUUAAGAUUUAUCUGUAUGUACUAUUAGUAAUACAUUCAACUUUUAACUUUUGAUCGUGAAGAACCGUACGAACUUUUGAUGUUCGAACUCAACUUCAACAUAAUCAACAAUUACAUUAGCAACUGCACGAACUUGGUCUCUACCAACUACACAUGUAUAUUCAUAUAAAUCAGGCAAAAUAACAUGGAUUAUUUUUUAUGUUAGUGAUUUAUUGUAUGAUAAUUUAGAAAUUCGAAAUAAAGCACUACUUUCAACUGUUCUCUAAGCAUUUUUAAUAAACUUCUCGAAUUCGAAAAUAUAGAUACAGUAUGAUGAUGAAUGAUGGAAAAGGAGGUGUUAACAGUCACACUGCACAUUAUUAGUCAAUGAUUCUUUCAUUUCAAGGUAUAUUUUUGGAAUGUGCAUUAAUUGCAUGUGUAUGAAUGAUUAGCAUGUGGCUGUAAGAGCACAGCAGACAUACAAAAAACUCACCAUUACACCUACACCCUGAAAAAAGAGACCCCCCCCCCCCCCCCCCCCCUUAUGCGGUACGCUUUUCUAUCGAAAUGUGUAAACACUGGUAUGCUUUUCGUAGAAGAAAGAGAUGUUUUCAAGCACUUUGCUAAUGGCAUCAUGCACAGCAACUGAUUUCUCUAACAACAAAAAGCUUUUCAUUUUGACAUAGGUGUUUACAGAGAAGAAAAAUUAAUUCGAGUAUUGAUGAGAUCUCAUGUGUUAAAAAAGAAUUGAAAUGAGUUUCGUUCGAACAAAAACAACAGAAAAAGAGAAUUAUUUACUCUUCUAACUGAAAAAAUAAAUGAUUUUUAUUUUGUGCUCUUCUUUGACGACAAAAGUGUACAUGCAAAAUAAAAGCUAGUUGUAAGUACUUCAAUGUUGAAUAGAAUUCUUUUUAUCUACCACUAAUGUAAACCUUAUUAUUGCAGUGUGUAUUAGGCUGGAAUGUGAAAUUUUGAUGUCAUUUUCAGUUUCACUGUUCUAAUAUAUAAUACAGAAUGCGUAAAACUUUUAAUACAGGACAGUUUCUUUUUUUAUAAUGAUCGAUUGUUAGUAAAUAGUAUGUUUUCACUUUUUUAACGUGAAUAAAGAUUUACGUGAGUAAUAUUAGAACCAGAUUCGAAUAUUUUCUGCUCGAUUUCGCAUUCUGAGCUAUGUCGGGUUUCAAAAGGAUUGCAUUUGAUGCAUCAUUUUAUUCUCUAUCGAAUGGUGUCAUUUUCCAUGGAGAUUAUCAGGAUGUGGGUGUCACUCUAAGUGUCAAUGACGGUAUCCUGAAAUUACGAACAGUUAUGAAACACACAGUUCCGAGCUGCUAUCGGCAUAAUCGAUCACAUGAUAAAACAAAACCAUGUGUAUACGAUCGAUUUAUCUCGCUACCCACACUCACAUCCUGAGGUACUCCUAAGAUGAUUGUUGUCGGAGAAACUCCAUUGAAAAUGGUACUAUUCGAUAGUUUAUAAGAUUCUGCAUGGAACACAAUCCUUUAGAAAUCGAGCACAGGUCAGAGAAAGAAUUCCGGUAGAAAACAUUUCAAUGUGGUGCUAACACUGCUUGUCAAAAGUUUAGUUUUAGAACGCAGCGUUUGUUAUACGCGUUUUCUUUUUUUCUCUAUGUAUUCCGUCUCUCGCAACUUACAGCUUCCACUAUUAUAAGCAUCGAGUGGUAUGCUAAACUCCAGUGGUGCACAUAUACAUAAUGUCUAUCAUACAAAACCAUAACUGACGAUUGUUCAUUCUGUUGCAUUCAGAAACACUGAUAUUAAUCAUUUCUGAGAAAAAGACCUUCUUGGUCAAAGCUCACUUUUACACUGUACCUAGAACGACGGUAUAAAUCGCUGCUUCCCCACAACUGUUGAUAUCUAGAAAGUAAAUGUUCAUACACAGGAAAUUUAGAAGUUGCAUAAACUAAAGCAUGAAAAAGCAGAUUGUAGAGUCUUGAAUUUUAAUUAAGGUUCCGAGAUGUUUUUGAACCUUCUAAGUCAUUUUAUUGAUAUUAUUUAUUGUUAUAACAGUGGCUGCUAGCAACUUUCAUGGAAAAUUGCUAUGAAGCAUGUAAUGCGAAGGAACAAUGAGAAACUGGCAAACUUUGAUUUAAAACUAAAGUUCAUUCUCUUUGUCGAAGAAGGCAUAUACUAGCUAUCAGUACGUCCUACCAAAUAAAAGUGCUCAAUCAACUAAGAAAAUGUGGUUCCUUGUAGUCCCAUGUAGUGGGGGAAAAAACCUAGAACUUACAGAAUUUGUCUCAAUAUGUAGUCUCCUGUAGUGGAGGAAAGCAGCUAGAAUAUGUCGAAUUAGUGUUUUGAUGUACCAGUCUGCAGUCAGUUUGUAGUUAACGAAAAUGCGUGGAGUUUUUGUUUGAAGAAUGUGCAAUUGCUAAAAGAGGAUAGCAGAUGCGUUGCCAUAUGUUUUUAUGCGCUGAUGAUUUGGUAGCUGAGCUGUGGGUGCAUGGGGAAAUGAGUCAGGUAUCAGUGGGUGUGGGCGUGGGUGGGGUGUGAGUGUGGGUGUGGCUGUGGCUGUUGGUGGGUGUGGGUGUGGGUGGGUGUGAGUGGGUGUGGG